GACUCGAGAGUGAACGAGAAUGUAAACCGCUAAAGAAGAAGGAAGGCUAGUAGAGCAAUGUAAAAAGAAAAUGGAAACCCUUUUAGCAUCUCUUAGAAGAGAAAAAAUGAAAAUGAAGAAAUCUAUUGAAACUGGAAAAGGAACAGAAGAAGUUUACACAAGCACUUGGUUUACUUUUACUAGUCUGCAGUUCAUUUUGGAUAAGAAUAAGACAAAGCCGUCAUUGAAUACUAUGCAUCUAUGUGAAGAUGAAGUUUGUCAUCAAGAAGGAACUGGAUCUACUGUUGAACAUAAAGCAUCGGCUAAAGUGGAUGAUCCUGCAUCUCAAGAGAAAGAAUCUAGCAACAUUGCGGAGAGCCCCCAAAUCAAAAGAAUUAUUCAGUCCUCGGGGAAGAACAGAAAAAAGGCAAAAUCAACCAUGUCUAGUGGUACCGAGAGUGGUACCGAACGCCUUGAUCAAGCCUUCCAAAUUCUCCAAUCCUCAGCCAAGCAAAUCAAGAUGAAUGUUACUGCUUUGGAAAUUUUGUAGCUUCCAAACUUCGUGCAUAUGAUUUAUUUACAAAAAGCGCU